UUUAUUUGGCAAGUGACACGUCUCUUUUUCUCUGUCAAGUCCAGAAAGAAAGAAAAUAGUCCAGAAGGUUUUAGAAUGCGUAUGCGAAUCAUUCUAAAAUACUAGCUUUGUUCUUUUGGGUACGGUAACUAAUACAGAGAUUUCUAGGGUUUCACUCUCUGUUCUGGACAAUCUUGAUUGAUUGGUGACGAAGGCUCUUCAAUCUGUGUUGGGAUGGCUCUGAAUCCUCAGCUGUUUCCCAAUGGGAUGCCCGUUCCGUUUGUGAACGAGAUGUUCGUCUUGGCCAGAGAUGGCGUCGAGUUUGAGGUUGAUAAAAUCCCAGGGGCUCCCGGAGGAAAAUUUAAAGCAAAGGGGACAAUCUACUUGUCAAAUAUACGCAUGGUCUUUGUUGCAGAUAAACCUGUUGGAAACAUAUAUGCUUUUGAUAUGCCUCUGCUUCAUGUGCAUGGUGAAAAAUUUAACCAGCCAAUAUUCCACUGCAACAAUAUAACUGGAUUUGUGGAGCCUGUAGUCCCUGAUGAUCAGAAUAGGGCUCUGUACUCCACUCACUCAUUCAAGAUCAUAUUCAAGGAAGGAGGCUGUGGAACAUUCAUCCCACUAUUUUUCAAUCUGAUCAAUUCCGUGAGACAAUAUAAUCAACAUGCUGGUUCGGGGGCAGAGUCUCAUACUGAUCCUUUACAAGCAGCGCAAACUCCAGUUGAUGAAAUGAUGAGACACGCAUAUGUUGAUCCCAACGAUCCAACAAAAAUCUUUCUGCAGCAGCCCACUCCAGAGUCUCAGUUGAGGCGCCGGACAUACCAGCCACAACCAGCUGAACGCGCUAUAUAAUGUAUAAUCUUUAGUCCUGAAUAAAUUGUAUCUACUUUCAAGACACCAAAGUACACUCUAAACUCUACUACCAUGCUUCGUGUAACAAAAUUCACUGGUUUUUUACCUUCAAUAUAAGAAGAUUAUAUAUUUCUA